UCCUUGCUUAUAAAUGUGUGUUAGUAGGAUUUUAGACAACAAAAAAAAUUUUCAUUCUCCACAAACACCCUCCAAAAAAAAUAGUGUAUCAAUUAUGGCAGAAGGAAGUCGUAGUGCGAGAGGAAAAUCGUUCAACUCCGAUCAAGAUGAAGCAAUUUGUAAUGCUUACUUGUGCGUUAGUCAAGACCCGAUUAUCGGUACCAACCAACCACGAUCUAAAUUAUGGGAUCGGGUUGCAAAAAAAUAUACCGAAUUCACAGGAGGUGAUGUACGAUCGGAUGCUUCUAUCAAGUCUCGAUGGCAAGUCAUCCAGCAAGCUUGCAACAAAUAUCGUGGGCAUUUAAGGCAAAUUCAAAGGCAACAUCAAAGUGGAAUGACAGAACAAAAUGAGAUUGAUCUAGCGAAGAGACAUUACAAAGAUACUGAGACUAAACCUUUCGCCAAUUUGGAUUGUUGCUGGGCAAUCUUAGAACACAGUAUGAAGUGGGCGGAUUUAACCCCACCCCGGUCCGACCCAAGAUCUUCACAAAUGGAUACAAGUUCGGUCCCGCUAUCUCCUGAUUUCUCUCAAAAUCCAAACUUAGACUCUCCUGAUUUCUCUCAAGUUCCAAACACAUCGACUACAUUGGAAGAUAGCAAUCCUAGCAUCAUGAUCACGUUGGGUUGGAAGAAAGAAGUUCAGUAA